AUGAGCGGCGGCCGCAGCGGCCGGGCGGCGGUGAAGAUGGAGGCCCCGUUCUACCCCGAGGAGGGGCUGGAGCUGCUGCCCGACUUCGUGCCGCUGCCCGGCUUCGGCAGCGGCCCCGGGGCAGGGGUGGAGGCGGCGGGGCACAAGCUGCUGCUCGGGGCCGGUAAGAAGCGAGAGAUGGCGGCGGGGGCGGCCGCCUCCCCCUCGGCGCUGCCGGGGUCCUACACCCUGCGGCCGCCCGGCGGCACCCGGAGCGGCGCGGCGCUGAGGCUCAUCCCCGCCGCGGCGCCCCCGGGCUCGGCCGCGGGGGGAGGAGCCGGCGGCAGGGGCGGCCCGGAGGCGGCUCUGCUGGCGGCCGGGUCCCCCGCCGAGCUGCCGCUGCUGAAGCUGCCGCCCGCGGCGGACCUGGAGCAGCUGCUGAUCCAAGGCAGCGCCGGCCUGGGCCCCGCCAGCCCCUGCCCCGCCGCCGCCCCGCCCCCCGCGGCCGGGCCCUUCCUCUACCGCCAGCAGGUGACGCAGGAGCAGGAGGGAUUCGCCGACGGCUUCGUCAAGGCCCUGGCCGACCUGCACAAGCAGAACCAGCUGCUGGGGGCGCCGCUCUCCCCACCCGGCCCGCCGGGGCUGGGCGGCGGCCGCCUGCCCGCUCCCGGCGCCGCCAGGGCCCUGGAGGAGCCGCAGACCGUGCCCGAGGCGCCCCCGCCGGGCGAGGCCGGCAGCAGCGCCCCGACGCCGCCGUCGCUGUCGCCGCUGGACGCGGAGAGCCAGGAGCGGCUGAAGGCCGAGCGGAAGCGGCUGCGGAACCGCAUCGCGGCCUCCAAGUGCCGGCGGCGGAAGCUGGAGCGGAUCGCGCGGCUGGAGGAGAAGGUGAAGGCGCUGAAGGGGCAGAACGCGGAGCUGGCCGCCACCGCCAGCCUGCUGCGGGCCCAGGUCACCCAGCUGCAGGGCCGCGUCCGCAGCCACCUCUCCAGCGGCUGCCACCUCAGCGCCGCCGGCCCGCCCGCCCCGCCGCCCGAGGGCCCCGCCGAGCCCGCCGCGCCGGAGACCAGCGCCGCUGAAGCCGCGGGCCGGAGCGGGGCAGACACUGCCCGGGAGACGGGCCCGGGACCGCGCCAUCGGCGCUGCUCGGAGACGGACAGCGGGGCCGGGCGAGUCUCGCGUCCGCCUGUCCCCCAGCCCCGCCGGGCGCUGUGCCGGGGAGGCGCCGCGGCGGCGAAGGAAAGAACUUCGCGUUUCCAGAGUCGGCUUCAAACCGUCCGGAGUCGGCGGGGGAUUUGAUUGUGAGGGCAGCCCUAGGGCCUAGCGGGGGGGAAGUAGGGAGUCAAAGGUUAGAGAUUAUUGACCAAUAGAGAAUUUUAACUGAAGGUCCGUCUUUAUUUAUUGAUGCCUGGGAAGGAAGCACAGUACAGAAGUUGGGUAUUCAAUGUCUUGUCAGGUCUAUUUAUGUGGCAGUGAGUACAAAAGAUUUUUAUAUUGGGUAUUUAACUUUUAAAGCUGACUUCAAGAGAAAUUCCUACACUUCAAAGUGAAGGGGGUUUGAGGGUUGUUUUCCAAAGUUCCCGUGAAGAACUUGAGAGAGCUGUAACGAGUUCAGAACUAAAAUAACCCCCGUUUACAGAAAGUCAACUUUAUUUUUCUGCAAAAGGCAUAAUUCCUAAUACACCUUAAUAUAGUGUGUAGUGAUGGUUCAAUAUGUCUAUUCAGAGCUUGAAAAGAAGCUAAAAUUAUACAUUUUUUUUAAAAAAAGUGUGUGUGUGUAUAUAAAACCAAAUGUGGCAAUGGUAUUUCUUGGUAUUGAAAGGAAUUUUUUUUUAAAGAUUGUUUUGCUGCAGAGUAGCUUUUAAUUUGCAGCUGGCAAUUAAGACCUGCAAGUAAAGCACUUGAAUGGGUCUGGUUUUAAAAUCUAGCCUUAGCUGAUAGCGAUUCUGCCAGGUAACAGGUUAGAAUGAACCAUAUUUAAUUACAGAUUCAACUGUAAGAAAAUACUGUUAUAGCUCAUAAGCUCCAUAUUAUUUCUUGUGCUAGUGCGAACUUGGAGCGUUGGUAUAUAUAUUUAUUUAUUGAAACUUGAAACUUUUUGGAUGUCACCUAAACCUUAUUUUUAUAGCAAACGCAUACUAGUGGAAGAAAUUAAUUUGGCAGAAGAGCGUCAUUUAUGCCUUUUCUUUCACUGUGCACAUUCCAGUUCUGCUUGCUCUUUAUGGGGUAUAGUAGCAAUUCAAUGCUACCCAGAAAAGGGCUCAGAUUUGUUUUUUAGCUCUAACAGUUAUUAUGGUAACUCCAUUGUAUUAUGUUUGAAUAAAUCAUAGAAACAUAAUGGAGAACUAGAUUUAUUUUUUCAGAAGAAAUAUGUAAAUAAUAUUUUCUUGUUCUAUUUUAUUCUAAAGACAUUUUUCUAGUUGCCUAGGGAGGGGAAGAGUCAAAAGUCAGAAUGUGAGAUGAGUUUCUGGGCGGAAGAGUCCGGUGUGAUUUAUUUAUUUUUGCCUAGAAUUUACUAAUAAGGGAUAGAAAAGGAACGGUUUUCUCUGCUUAGACUUAAUCCUUGCUUUUUGGGAUUCUCUGGAUAAAUAGCAAAGACCAUGUUAUGGGCCGAUUUGCUUUUUUACGACCCUUUGAUAUGCAUGUUCUGAGCACUUCUGCAAAUCAAGUUUUAUUCAGUCUUGUGUCUCGGUACAAUUAAAUGUUCACUUUCAGCACGAACUCUUAAGGUUCACUCAACAAGAAACCCUGUCUUCACUUAGGCCCUGAUCCUGGAUCUGCCCAUACUCCAAACCACUGAAGUCAGUGGGGUUCAGCAUGAGCAGAUCCAGUUGCAGAAUGGGGCCCAGCAUAGUCUUUUAAAAUAUCUUAACUAAUAUAGUUUGUUUUAUAAGCAUGAUCAAUUAAACCAAUUCCGUAACUGUUUUAUAUCAUCCAUGUCCUCUUCUGAAAGCUACUUCAGCUAUGCUUUCAAAGGCAUGAAGGGGAAUUGAUAUGCAUACAAUGUUUUUUACUUGUAAAGAGACUUGUGAGCGGGUUCAUUUAAAACAGCAUAGCUGGAAAUGUAAAUUGUGUGAGGCUUCCCCGUGUCAGACCUGGGACACACUUACCACAGAUGAGUUCAAUGAGUCGUGGAGAUGCAAACCACGUUAAUCAUUUAAAAACUGAGUAAAGUUAUAGCAUAGCUAGAGCCAAAAUGAAUGAUUUCAAUGAUAGUCUAAAACUCCCUUCUUCUGUCCUAAGAAUUGUGUAUUAGAAAUACUAGUGAACAAAUGCAAUGCCGCUUAAUUCUUACGAAGUAAAUACAACGUAAAGAUCUUUUGCUAAGCGUUCAGUCAGUUUCACCACACUAAUAGAAUUCAACCAGUAAUAAUGGGCCAUAUCUGGCAAAUGUGUUUAAAAAUGAACCAGUGCUUAGUACAUGGAAAAACUGUGUUUGCAAAGUUGAUGGUGCAGAAGUAGAGAAUCAAUUAAUUUUUCACACUUAAACACAAGCUUUACAUAAUGAGGGAAGGAGGUAACCCUACUUAAUAAACAAAUUUGCAUUGAGUGCUCUGCACUGGCAAUGUUCCUACUUCAUGGAAAAUAUACUAAGUAUUUUGAUGAUACAGCACAGUGGUCAACUCCUGUAAUUUCAAAUGAAAGUGGGGGAGGUGGUUGAAGACUUUCUAGUAGUACCUGAGGAAAAGGUUGAAAAACACCUGACACUUGCUGCAAUCUAGUCCAUUUUGUAGGUGCUCUUUGCUCAACAGAAGUAUUUAAAGUUAUAGCUUUAAAUAAAGGCACUGUCCAUCAUUUCCAAUAGGGAUAAUUCACCAAUAUCUAGAGAAGGGGAUGAGCUCCAUGAAGAGAAAUCACCACAACCUUGCUUCCAAAAUGGUGGCAGAAUUAUAAUAUGGGGCCAGUGAGGAGCAUAGCACUAUGAGGGCUACAAAAAUCACUUGGUUUCUCCAGUGAUACCUCCUCAAUUUGUGGAGCUACAUGGCACGUUAUUCUCACCAAAGUCUUAUCCGACCUCAUCUUGAAUGUCUGCAGUGUUGUUUUUAUGACUACUUUCUUAAGUCUGUUCUACCAUUCUUUUUAGCUUGUAAUAUUAAGUCUAAGCUUUCUUUACUUCAGUCCAUUGUUGCUUGUCGGACCAUCUUUUAAAAUAUUAUAAUACCCUGUUUAUUUCCCUCAGUCUUUUAUGUCAUCUGAUCCUUGUAUCAUUUUUGUUGCUUUUUGUAUUUCUCCUAGUUUUUCUUCAUUGUUCCUGAAUUUUCAGGAACAAUAAAGUACACAACAAAUGCACCAAGUGUGGUCUCAUUAGGCCAUUUUAGACCCUGAUAUCUGGUAAAAUUUUCAAAACCACUUAAGUGACUUGGAUACUUACAUCCUGUUUUCAAAAGUGACAGGCACUUAGAAGCCUAACUCUCAUUAAAAGUCGACUUUUAAUGAGACUUUAGGACUUUGAACAUUUUACCCAUCCUCGUAGACUUAUAUCUGAUCUCUUCACUCAUUCCUGAUGCUGACUGUUCAAGCAAAAGAUUCUCAUAUCUGCAAUUUAUCAUCACUACCAGUCAGUCUUGCACUGUUUUCCAGACAGGUCCAAUCUCUCGUGGUCACUCUACCUGUGUGUUACUAUUUUGUGUUUCUUAUCAGCAAAGUUGAUUGCAGUUGAAUUGAAACCUUCCUUUAGAUCUAGAAUAUAAAAAUAUUACUCUGUGCUAAAAAGCAUUGGUCCAUAGUAUUUAAUUGGUACUUAUCUUUGGAAUGUCUUUGUGUCUAGGUGCUACAGGAAGGUGGUGGUGGUUCACUAGAUGACAUUUAUUCUUCUGAUUUAGUGUUAAACCCAACAUCCCAUGGAUGGUGGGAGGAGUACUUGUGGUUAGGAAUUCCUAUUGAAUCCUCCUCUCCUCGGGCACUGGGGUGGGAGCUAUGGGCAACUGAUCUACUGCCCAUGCUGACUUGGAGUAUGGAAAACAUGUUCUGCUGCUAGUAAUUUGUGGUUCCAUCCUAGAAGAGCUGUUUAAUUCACUCCUCGCUCAGAAUGUGUAGUGACAUCGCCCAAUUUCAUCAGCUGGCCUGACCCAUCAGCAUGGUGGUUACAGGAUUCCUGUAAUGGGUUUUUCCCCUCCGCUUCUGGAUAUAAACUGCGUCAAGCUCAGAUGUGGAAUCCAAACACCAUUGGUAUUCUAAUAAAUGUGUUUUGUUCUA